AUGUCGGCUGGAUACAACCAGGGAUCGUAUCUGAAUGCUGGAAGGGAGGAGCCAGUCAAGGGAGGGAGGGAUGAGAGGGACGAGGAGGAGGCUUGGGACGUUUACGCAGAUUUCAACAACGCUGGGCCAAGAUAUAGCACCAACCUUGGUCUUACUACCAAUUCCAAUGGAUACCAGCAACUCCCUACACCGAGGUCAGCGCCGCCAAUGGUCGAUCAUGUCGACAGUUCAGGCAACAAAGUCGAAAUGGUUACCGUCCCCGCCCUCGGCGCAGAAUGGAGCAAAGAUGAGCUGCGAGCUAUGACCAAGACUGCUAGGAAGAAGGAAAAGGCAGAGAGGCGACGAGAGUUCUGGAAAGCAUGGAACCGGGACCAGCGAGGACUGUGUGGCAAGUACUUUACUCGCAAGGUCUUUGUCUUCUUUAUGUUUGGGUUGUGUGCAGUAAUUGGCAUCAUCCUCGCAUUCACGAUCCCCCGAGUCCCCCACUUUGCUUUCAACUCUUCGAUGCCCAUGGCACCCGCAACAGGAGAGUGGGCUGAAGCCAUCGACGUUAUAUUCUCGCGGGCGCCGGCCAACUUCUCCUUCCCAGCUUACGCCGCUCUUCAACUCGAUACCACAGCAAACUUCCUCCCCCUGAACUUCCGAGAACUCAAAGCUGAAGUCUUUGACCUCGAUACCGGCCGCAAAGUCGGCACAGGCGAUCUCGGUAGCCGUAGGAUACCCGCCAGAGGUUUCCCCAGAAUCCUCCUCCCCUUGAACAUCACUUAUAUGGCUGCCAACGACAGCGACACGACCUGGAUGAACUGGUAUGAUGCUUGCAAGAACAGGGCAACAUACGUUGAUGGGAAGCGAAGACCCCUCAAGUUCCGAAUGAUUCUUGAGAUGAAGAUUCUCGGCCUUCUUAACCGUCCUCAGGCUUCCGUCCAAGUUGGUGAUGCCGACUGCCCUAUCGAACUCGACCUCAACUCCAGCUAA